CAUGAUGUCGAAGUUGAUUGUAGUACAAUACUUGCUGACAGUAUGUUCUCAAGCUUUGGAUUUCAGCUGUUUUUGUUAAUAAUGUACGUUGCAGUUUUCAUCGUAGCUCUUGUAGGAAACAGUCUCGUUUGUUAUGUAGUUUUUAGAAAUCCACAUAUGAAGAGCGUCACAAAUUAUUUUAUUGUCAAUCUUGCUGUUGGAGAUAUUUUGAUAGAUUUAUUUUGUGUACCAACGAGUUUGAUAAGUACGAUAAUAUUACAGUAUUGGCCUUUUGGAUGGCAUUUAUGUCCUACUGUCAAUUAUUUACAGGCUAUAGCUGUACUUGUCAGUGCCCAUACUUUAAUUCCAAUAAGUAUAGACAGAUAUAUAGGAAUAAUGUGGCCCUUAAGGCCACGGAUGAAUAAAAAUCAGGCAAAACUAUCAAUAUUCAUCGUAUGGAUGCUUGCUUUAAUAAUUGCCUUUCCAAUAUUGUAUAACUCUCAUAUGGUUCAACCAGAGCUAAUCCAUGAAAAAUGUGACGUCUACGUGUGUACAGAAGUUUGGCCAAGUGAAGAUCAAAGGGUUUAUUACACUAGUACAUUGAUGGUAUUACAAUACGUAGUACCCUGCACGACAUUGAUGUUCACGUAUGUAAGCAUCAUAAAGAUAAUAUGCAACAAAAAUCCACCUGGAGAAGCCGAAAACAUGCGUGAUGAACGUCGUGCACGAUCAAAGAAAAAGAUGAUACAGAUGAUGUUAGCUGUUGUACUCGUCUUCUCGUUAUGCUGGUUACCCUUUAAUAUACUCAAUUAUCUGAUGGACAAAAAUAUUGGAGGGAUAAUGCAUUGGGAUGGUCUGUCGUACACUUGGGUCGUUCUUCAUUGGCUGUCAAUGUCUCAUUCGUGCUACAAUCCGAUUAUCUACUGCUGGAUGAACGCGCGUUUUCGGGCAGGCUUUCAAGCUGUACUGCUACGGUUGCCACUGAUAAAGCGACUCUACCGGAUCAACGAGUGUAACAUCAGCACCAUGGGUAUGGCACAAACAGGUGGCAAUGGACAAAACAAUUCCAGUCUUAAACGAGUCAACACUUGCACAUCAUACGUCAGUGUACCAAAACGAAUAAACAGUACUAAAAACCUAGGCAGAAGCGCUAGCGUUAAUUACAACAAUCCCUCGAGAGCAUCCACACCGAGUCAAAGGCAUUUCAUUCAUCUUGAAACUCAAGCAGAAGAAUCUGUGUAAACGUGUAUAAUAAGAAUCAAUGUUGUACU